GACUCGCCCCCACCCUGCUGCCUUUCUCUCUGCACUUUGCCUGGUCUGUGGAUGUCAACCUUAUGGGGAGGAGCAGCUAGGGAUUGUUGUGUUUAUAGUCUGGGGGGUUCGGGAGGAAGGAAUAGCAGAGGCUGGACCAAGAAUCAGAUCAUCUGAUCGCAUUUACUCUAAAGCUUUGAUCGUGUGAGUGUCGUAUUGCUAAUAGUGAAGCAGAUCUGGGCUGCGGUGGAUGAUGUUUGUCCGGCUGUCUGUCUCUGGUAUCCGCUACCUCCCUUGUAGAAUGUCUUCUUCCCUAUCCUCGUCGCUGCUGCUGCGAUCUGCUGCUUAUGUGGGUGCUUCUUGGCUGCCAGCCUCCCACUCUGUCACCUUCCCUGUGCUGGACCCGGCUACUGGAUCAGAACUGGCGCAAGUCUCUGACUGUGGCCCCCCGGAAUGCAGGGAGGCAAUAAAGGCAGCCUCUGAAGCCUUCAAGUCAUGGAGAGAAGUGUCAGGCAAGGAGAGGAGUGUGCUGUUGCGGAGGUGGUAUGAUUUAAUGAUCCAGAAUAAGGAGGAUCUUGCCAAGAUUAUCACAGCUGAAAAUGGUAAGCCAUUGAAGGAGGCACUCGGUGAAAUCCUCUAUGCAGCCGGCUUUUUGGAAUGGUUUUCAGAAGAGGCACGUCGUGUAUAUGGGGAUGUCAUUCCUGUGCCAGUUAAGGACAGAAGAGUUGUGGUUCUCAAACAGCCUGUAGGAGUUGCAGCAAUCAUCACCCCAUGGAACUUUCCCAGUGCUAUGAUAACCAGAAAGGUGGGAGCUGCUCUUGCUGCUGGAUGCACUGUUGUUGUGAAGCCUGCUGAGGACACCCCAUUAUCUGCAUUAGCACUUGCGGAGUUGGCCCAGCAGGCUGGAAUCCCAGCUGGAGUUUAUAAUGUUGUCCCUUGUUCAAGAGAGAAAACUCCAGCAGUUGGGCAAACCCUGUGCACUGAUCCUGCUGUCAGCAAAAUUUCCUUUACUGGUUCCACUGCAACAGGAAAGAUCCUGCUCCACCAUGCAGCUGACUCUGUGAAGAGGGUGUCGAUGGAGCUUGGAGGACAUGCACCAUUUAUUGUGUUUGAUAGUGCAAAUGUUGACCAAGCUGUUGCCGGGGCUCUUGCUUCAAAAUUUCGGAACUCUGGUCAAACAUGUGUGUGCUCAAACAGAUUUCUGGUGCAGAAAGGGAUACACGAUGCAUUUGUGAGCAAACUUGCAGCACUCAUGAAGAAGGAGUUGCGACUUGGACACGGGUUUGGUGAUGGAGUAACACAGGGUCCUCUCAUUAAUGAAAAAGCAGUCCAGAAGGUGGAGCAACAUGUGAGCAAUGCUGCGUCUCUUGGUGCUCGAAUUGAAGCUGGAGGGAAACGUUCCGCCGUUGGGAAGAAUUUCUAUGAACCAACUCUGCUCAGUAAUGUAACCACAAACAUGCUGUGCACACAAGAAGAGACAUUUGGUCCUUUAGCGCCAGUCAUAAAAUUUGACACAGAAGAAGAAGCCAUUGCCAUUGCAAAUUCAGCCAAUGUUGGCUUAGCAGGAUAUUUUUACUCUCAAGAUCCAGCACAAAUCUGGCGGGUGGCUGAACGCCUGGAAGUAGGGAUAGUUGGAGCGAAUGAAGGGUUGCUGUCAUCUGUGGAGUGCCCAUUUGGCGGUGUGAAACAGUCUGGCAUUGGUCGGGAAGGGUCAAAAUAUGGUAUUGAUGAGUAUUUAGAAGUGAAAUAUGUAUGCUUUGGAAGUCUAUAAUAUAAAGAAGAACACUGAACUCACUAAGGGCCAUGUUAAAUGAGUUAACCAGUGCUCAUUUACAAGUGCAGGGUGCAAAAACUUUUUUUGCAAGAGGUUGUAUUUUUUUAUUUACAAUGCAGCUUUUUACCCCCAUUAUACCCUAGUAACCAUAGUAGCAAGGUGGUGAUUCACCCAAUGAAAUUGCAGCUGAUUGUACAUGAACUUCAGUGCAAAUCAUUGUGUCUGCUGGCAUCAUUUCUGCUGUUCAGCUUUAUGAAUACCUUUAAUGAAUGAGCCCCAAUUUGUGCAACAUUAAAUGAACCCUACUGUUUUUAUUUAUAAAUUGCUGGAUCUCUACUAGUUUGAUCUUAUUCUGGUACAUUGUACUUUGUAAGUGAUUUAUUCUGGUACAUUGGACUUUGUAAGUGACUUAUUCUGGUACAUUGGACUUUGUAAGUGACUAGAAAACAAUGUUUUAUAUAGCGAGAGCCAAGAAAUUUUCGGUUAACCGCACACUAACGCACCUGCACUGCAUUAAAAUAUUGCAAGGGCUUGCCCUGCAGCCUAAAAUCCUGUGUGCCGGCGAAAUUCUCUUUUAUAUAGCGAGAGUCCAAUAUAAAAUUAGAAAAUGAGCACUCUAGUUCAUACCCUAAUAAACACUUUACUUAGAGACUCUGGACAGUUGGGUCUUAAGAACUGUGUCUCAAUUUGUAUGAUGCAGUAGAGUAAUGAAUGCUUUGUCGGUGAGUAUAGCCUGAAAGACGUCAUUGUUGUGUACUAUAAAAGUACUUCUUAUGUGAAUGUGUGAGGCAUUUGGCGGUCAUGAGACUGAUUUAAUUUUUUUGGUUUGACUCUUGCAGGGUUAUGUAAUAAAAAAUGUUAAGUUUGCUCACAUCUAGUAACCCAUAGCAACCAAUCAGAAGUUGCUACCUGCUGAUUGGUUGCUUCGGGUUACUUGACAAGACCUUUUGUAACAUCACUUCUUAUGUAACUGACAGUUAAAUUAAGCACAAUUUUGUAAUUUUAGUACAGGUUUGACCAGCGCUUGUGUAUUUUAUGCCUUUUUAUCAGCAAGCAAACUUACAAUCACAUUGCUUAGCUGACUUGAUAAGUAACAAUACUACUUUCUUAUUGCAGGUAUGGUUAUAACAUGAGCAUAAUGCUAUUUUCCUUUACUGACAUUUAUAAAUGGUAUAUAUAUUGUUGCCAAGGAGGAAUAGCAGUGUGUCAGAAGCUAUAUGUUUGUCUACAAACUGGCUUGUUUUUAAUGAUGGCAUAUUUUAAUUGGCAGUCACUAUAGUCUUUGUACUUUAUUGAUUUGUAAAAUUUUAAUUUGCAAUACAGAUGCAAUCUACAAGGUGUGUAUUGUGCAUUGAAGUGUUCGUUUUAUUGAUGUGUUGGUUUAAAUAAAAAACAUAUUUUUAAAUCCUCUCGUGAGGUAGAAGUUGGGGCUAGUGUCUGGCCAUACUGUGUAUAGAUGGGCAAGGAUGUAAGAGGCAUAUAUAUAUAUAUAUAUAUAUAUAUAUAUAUAUAUAUAUAUAUAUAUAUAUAUAUAUAUAUAUAUAGAUGUAUAUAGUAUUUUACAUCUCACCCAGCCUGGUGUGUUGACUGGAUGCUCUCAGCAAGUGAAGGGCAAGCAAAAGCAAAAGAUUCUUGAAUCAGAUGCAGAUACCAAAGGCCUCUGCACAGUAAUGUAGUUGAUACAUUUCUGAAUUCAUAUAGUUAAUAAUUUUCUAAAAUUUCAGAAUGUGCUUCGCAUAUUAGAACUCUGAUCCUUAAUAAAAGAGAGAGGAGGGGGUUCUUGAUCUUAUACCUCUAAUACAUGAUUCAUUUUAGAUUGUAAUCUCUAAUGAGCAAAGCCAGCUGUAUCUACUUCAUUCAGUAUGUGUAUGGGAUCUUCGUGUUUAAUGUCUACACCCUUCUGUUGUACAUCUCUGCGGAACAUGCUGCAGCUUAAUAAAUUAUUUUUAAUAAUCUCUCUAAAGAUUCUAACAUAGAAAUGCUUACAUACCAGUGCUGUAACCUGACUUUGCCAAAUAUAUAUAUAGAUAGUAAAGUGCUUUUUACUUGUACAUUCUGUGUAUGUUUUUUCUUGUAGCAUUUUAAAAUUUGUAAAUGUGAAGUAUAUUGAUUUAUAAAAAAUAUAUUUUAUCAGGAACUUGCACAAUAAAAACUACUGUGACAUAAACAAUGCUAUGUUAACCUACUUUGAAGACAUUGUUUCUGAUGUGUAUGUCUUUCUAUGUCCUGCUAAUAAUAGUUUGAGUGUUCAUCUUGCUUUUUGUUUUAGAAAAUAAUUAUUUUAGUAAUGAUAAAUAAACGUGCCAAAACUAA